AUGGCCCAACCUGAAGUCAAUGCUCCCUGUCAGCCCAAGGCCCCCUCUGUCCAUUGGAAUGAGGACAACAUUGCUACCCUUAUCGACUAUCUAUAUGAGCAUCACUCACAGGCUGAAGGGGGAGGCAACUUCAAGCAACAGGUUCUUGAGAAUGCUGCAGUGUUCAUCAACACCCAUGAGCCACUUCAAGCCAAGCAGUCAGGUGCACUGAAGACAGCAAAAGCAGUUCAAAGCAAGUGGACAUUACUCAAAGCCACCUUCAAUUCUAUUGAGAAGUACUGCAACCAGACAGGGGUCCACUGGGACAAUGAGACUGGAGCUGGGAUCGAAGAAUCUGCAGCUGAUGCUGUGUGGAAAUCGUAUCUUGCUGUCAAGGUAAACCAACCCAUGCAUUCAUUCUGCAACAAAGGAUGGGAGCACUAUGAAAAAAUGCAUGCCAUUAUACCAUUGGGCGGCGCUAGAGGACAGGAUGCUUUCCGUCCAGGUAGCGCUAUUCCCUCCAUCACCAAUCUUGAUACCAACCUCAUGGAUACUGCCCCACAGGCUGCUAUUCCAAUUGCCACUGCUGCUGGCCCAUCAAGUGCUGCCGCCAUCACUACUUCCAUCACUAGCUCCACUGUGGCAUGUUCCACCGCUAUGUCUACCACUGCUGGCUCUAAUGCUAGCAAGUGCCCGUAUUCAGAUGUGACGGGGGACAUUGAGACAACAUCAUUCAGCUCCAUGCACAUGUCGUCCAUGCAACCUCCUUCCACCACAUUGGUGUCAUCCCCCCCAUCCAAGAAACCAUGGACACCAGUAGUGUCCCAGAAUAGCCGCAUCACAAAGAUUAGCAGUGCUGCCAAGGCUGCAAAGAUCACGCCAGCAGCUGCUGUGGUGGGGAUGCAAGGCACCAUCAACCGGCUCACUGAUGUCUUCAAAUGGUUUGUUAGAGGAGGGCCCAAUGGUGCGCAAGGUAGUGAGGACUUGGUGAUGCCAGCAGGCUGCAUUGAUCACUACAAUUGGCUUGAAGGGCAAUGA